GGAAAUUUCAUUUUCAAAUAUUUCCAAGGGCCAUAUUUCAAAAACAAGGGAAGCAAUCGGCACGAAAUUUUGUCUGAGUAUAAAUCUUGAUUGGGGCUUCAAAAAAGGUUAUUUGGGGCACCGAGCCCUAGGGCUUCGUUUUCGAGAUAAUUGACUUUGAAGGUUUUCCAGAAUUUGAGACAAAGUUUCAACUUUGAGGCUCAAUAUCUCAAAAACUAUUUGAGAUAAAUGAUUCAAUUUUAUUUUAUCUUAAAGAGCAUUUAAUUAUGAUUCAGAAUUUACGAAUAUGUAUCGGAAUUUAUAAGAUAUUAAAUGAGUUAUGGGCGAUUCUGUGAGGCAAUGUCGGAUAAUCAAAAUAUCUCAGGGUAAAAAAUGCAAAAAUCAUUUUCAAUUUUGUACAUACCUACCCUAAAAACUCAAAAAGAGAAAUCACGAAAAGGCUUUUCCACUAAAUUUGACCCUCAAUUUCGAUUAGUAAAAUCAAAAAUUAGAAAAUCGAGAAAAAUCAAAAUUGAAAUUUUAUUUUCAAACAUUUCGAAGGGCCAUAUUUCAAAAAACAGGGAAGUAAUCGGCAUGAAAUUUUGUCUAAGUUUAGAUCUCGGUUGGGGCUUCGUCUGUAGUAGAAUAUACCUAAGAUAUACCUAUACCUAUAUUAUUUAUUCGAUACAGUUUUGUACAGUAUUUAAAUUUCUUCCAGAAAAGUCAACCACUUAAAAAUAAUAUGGAAAUCCUUUUCGACUAAUUUCAAUUUCUUCUUCCGAUUGGUAAAGUCAAAAUUCUAGGGCUGCAAUUAUUUAAAAAAUUGAGUUAAAAAUUCUGUCCUUUUUUUUUAAACACCAAACCCGGGCGUUUAAAAUACAAUUUGGGUCGUCGGUCCCCUCCUUUAUUCCCUUUUCACCCCCAUGUUCGUUGGCGGACAAGGAGGGAGAGCCUCGAAUUUUAACGCAUUUCUGAGGGGGCGCACAAAGAGCCAGGGGAUCAAUAACAGGGACGCAAUGUGGGCGCACUACAGCUACAAGACCCCCCACAAAAUCUAAAAAUAGACACCCCUGAUGGUGUGUCUUGUGUGGGACAUAUUAUAUUAUGGAUUUUGUGGUUUAAAAUUUCAUUUUGUAUUUGAAAAAUUGUAGAUUUUAUAGAGGAAUGAUGGGGAUAAUAAUACAUUUUGUAAUCUUUUUUUUCUAUAUUUUUAUAUUUUAAAUAGUAAUAAUAUCAACUCCUAGAAUCCUAAACUCCAUCUCUUGUAUGGUUUUGCAAAGUAGAUAUUGAUUCCCAGCAGAGAAUUCUUUAGCCAUAUGGAUCUUUCCAGAAACAACGUAGUGCCAACACAGCAUUUUUUUCCAGUUCACUCUUCAUAAAAUAUGGACUUAGUAGUAAUAAGCCCUAAUGUAAAAUACACAGACAAAUAUAUCGAGGCCCAAUACAACUAUCAAUACACUAAAUCUGAACAAAAUGGAAAAAAUAUUAUGGCAACCAACAUAAACGAAAAACUGAAUUUCCGCACUGAACGCAAAGUACCUAAGCUUGGUGUAAUGCUAGUUGGUUGGGGUGGAAAUAACGGAUCUACCCUAACUGCAGCUUUAAUAGCCAAUCGCCUGGGACUUUCUUGGCCUACGAAAACUGGACAACAAAGGGCCAAUUGGUUUGGUUCCAUAACGCAAGCAUCAACAGUACGAGUUGGAGACGAUAUUUGCAUCCCUUUGGGACAUCUAUUGCCCACCAUUAAUCCUAACGAUCUUGUAGUUGAUGGUUGGGACAUUAGCUCCAAAAAUCUAGCUGAUGCAAUGGUUAGAAGCCAAGUGCUUGAACCUGCUUUGCAAGAACAACUCAAACCUCAUUUGGUUACAAUGAAACCUAGACCUGCUAUUUUUAAUAAGGAUUUUAUUGCUGAUAAUCAAUCUUCUAGAGUGGACAAUAUUAUAACUGGCAGUAAACUGGAACAAGUUCAAAAGCUAAUGGAAGAUAUCGACGAUUUUAAAGCAACGGCAAAAGUAGACAAAAUAAUCGUCCUUUGGACAGCCAACACUGAAAGACUUUGCAACAUUUCACAAGGAGUAAACGAUACAUCAAAAAAUCUCUUGAAGUCAAUCAAGGAUAAUCACCCAGAAAUUUCUCCUUCAACAUUGUUCGCUUAUGCAGCAAUCUCCAAAGGGUGCACCUACAUCAACGGGUCACCACAAAACACUUUUGUACCAGGAUUGAUCGAAUAUGCUGAAGAAAGGAAAGUUUUCAUAGCUGGAGACGACUUUAAGUCUGGCCAAACGAAACUUAAAAGCGUGCUGGUGGACUUUUUGGUCAGCGCUGGUAUCAAGCCAGUCAGUAUAGUCAGCUACAAUCAUUUGGGAAAUAAUGAUGGGAAAAAUUUAAGCGCACCUGCUCAGUUCAGAUCCAAAGAGAUAUCCAAAAGUGACGUUGUAGAUGACGUGGUCCAAUCAAACAGAAUCCUCUACCAACCUGGCGAAAAACCAGAUCACGUAGUCGUAAUCAAAUACGUACCAUACGUGGGCGAUUCCAAAAGAGCCAUGGACGAAUACACCUCUGAAAUCAUGAUGGGCGGUCACAAUACUUUGGUGAUUCACAAUACCUGCGAAGAUUCUCUACUAGCCGCGCCGCUCAUUUUAGAUUUAGUUAUUUUGGCUGAAUUGUUUUCGAGGAUUCAAGUUAAAAAGGAGUUUUCUCAAGAGUAUACACAUCUACAUCCGGUACUAUCAGUGCUGGGAUAUUUGUGUAAAGCUCCAUUGGUACCGAAAGGUACUCCGGUAGUUAAUGCUUUGUUUAGGCAAAGAAGUUGCUUGGAAAAUAUUCUAAGAGCUUGUGCAGGGUUGCCUGUGGAAACUAAUAUGGGUUUGGAGCAUAAGAUUCCUCAAAUGGUUGAAGAACCUUUGCCUAAGAAAGCAAAAAUUUCAAAUGGACAAUAAUAAUUUAUUGUGAUCAUAAUAAUUUAUCAAAUAAACUUGAUUAUUUCUUUUUGUUCUUUUGCUUCCUACGACUAAUAGGUUUUUCUUCGACAUUUUCCUUUUCCUUUUUCUUAUUUCGUUCUAAUUUAUCCUUAAGCCUCUUUGUAAUCUCAGCCUUUUUGUCAUUCACUUCAUUGUUUCCCACUAAGAUGUUUUGCUGGAUAUUUUUUAUCGAAUUUCUGAGUAAUUUGAGCUCGUUUAAUGCCAAUUGAGCCAUCCUUCCUUCAGGACUUUUAGGUGGUUCAUACAAUAAAUAUUUAACAGAGUCUUUUAGGAUUCUUUCUGCAGUUUGCAGUUCCAAAAUUAAACGUUCCUGAUUGAUUUCCUUUUCCCUGUAUUGUUUGUUUGAGAUUUCUACUAUUGCUGAUUGGAGUUCGUACAUUGUUAAUGCUAAAAAUCGUUUAAAUUUUUUUAUUGUUGCAAUAAGUAUGUAUUAUUACCUUUGGCUCUUGAUAUUCCUGGUUCUAAUUUGGAAAAUACCGACAUUAGUCUGCCACAAAGAUCAAUUUUUCUGUUCAAAUUAUUUUUGGUUGGAGGUAAUUUUGAGUACAGCCCUACCAUAUUUUGCUUCAGCUCUAGCAGCAAAUAGUGAUUAGGAUGGAAAGUUAAAAGUAAGUUUUUG